AUGUACGACUGGACGACAGCAGCGAACGGUGACGCAUCCGACGUGGCGGUGACGCGCCGGGAAAGGUCGUCACGCGCGUGCAGAGCCGGUCCAGCCAACGACCCUGGGUCGUAUUUGUACGACCACAUUUCCCAAAGUGUCGCACUCACGCUCAAGUCACAUGUGUCCAGUCCUUCAUUUCGGGCGCCCACCUUCGGCGGGACUUCUCCCUUGCGAAGGCCGAAGUUGGAAGGGUCUGCCUCAGGCUACACGUGCACAGCUACGAGACGACUAAGCUUUGAGUCUCAUUUGCUACCGACUAGAAGUGCAGACUGA